CCGAUCUUUUCAAAACCCUCCUGCGCAUUUCUCCGAUUCCGGUGCGACGGAACCUUGGUCAUCGGAAGGCAAAGGAUACGAAUCUACUGGAAGUUUCGUGGAGAUCGAGAUCGGCGGUACAUAUACGUAUGAUAGCUUUGCUCUCGUGAAAGAAAGAUGGUGAAACUGACUAUGAUUGCCCGUGUUAUUGAUGGCCUCCCUUUAGUUGAGGGAUUGGAUGAUGGUCGUGAUGUACCAGAUGCAGAUUUCUACAAACAGCAGGUCAAAAGCUUGUUCAAGAACCUCGCACGAGGCCAAAAUGAGCCUUCUAGAAUGUCAAUUGAGACUGGCCCUUAUAUGUUCCAUUAUAUUAUUGAAGGACGUGUGUGUUAUCUAACAAUGUGUGAGCGUUCUUAUCCCAAGAAACUUGCCUUUCAAUAUCUGGAAGACCUUAAGAAUGAAUUUGAGCGUGUCAACGGGAAUCAAAUUGAAACUGCUGCUAGACCUUAUGCUUUUAUUAAGUUUGACACAUUUAUUCAAAGGACAAAGAAACUGUACCAGGACACAAGAACUCAGCGCAAUAUCUCAAAGUUGAAUGAUGAGCUUUAUGAAGUUCAUCAAAUAAUGACUCGCAAUGUACAAGAAGUUCUUGGCGUUGGUGUAAAGUUGGACCAGGUUAGCCAAAUGUCCAGCCGCUUAACAUCAGAAUCUCGUGUUUAUGCGGAUAAAGCAAAAGAUUUGAACCGUCAGGCUUUGAUUCGGAAAUGGGCCCCUGUAGCUGUCGUCCUUGGAGUUGUUUUUCUCCUUCUGUGGGUGAGAAAGAAGCUUUGGUGAUGCUGCUGUGACAUCUCCAGCUAACACAAGAUAUCAAGAGUGCCGGGCUAUUCCUUUAUCACUUGGAUACUGUUCCUAACUAUCAAGGAUGAGACAUUCAUGAUUUGGACAUAUUGGGUACUUAAAAUCUCAAGAUGCAGAGCAAGCAUUGUUUCUACGGUAUCUCAUUACAAUGAGACUGGUUUUCUUAGUAUCGGAGACUCGAGCUUAUACCAUUCCUUUAUAUAUACAAUAUGAUGUAAAACAGAGUAAUUAGAGAAUGAUGGCGAAUCUAGUUACUAUAUGAGUAUUAUUUUUGGUGAGUUUUAGAUUUUAUUUGUCCUUCCUAACCACUGUAUGUCUUUUCUACCUCAUUAGUCGCAUUUGCUGUACCUUUCAAUCCAUUAGUCUCUUGAAUUGAUUCUCAUGUUUUUGCUGU